GCUGCUGAACAAAGUUGAAAGGAACCUUCUUCCCACUCUCUGGACGAUACCAAAGCAUAUGUCUUCUAAGCUCCCUUUAAUCCUUCAACAUUCCUUAAUUAUCGCUGUCUAAUCCCCCCAAACAAACUUUACCACCUAAAAUCCCACUGACUCUCUUCGUUUGCUAAUCCCAAAACCUCAUUAAAUUAGGCGUCGAGUAUAGGAGGAGAUCUGAGAGCAAUGGCCCAGAACACUUCGAACGGUGAGCACCAAAUCACAACUAAGCCGCCUCCAUUGCCAUCUCCAUUGCGAUUUUCCAAGUUUUUUCAGUCAAAUAUGAGGAUUUUGGUCACUGGAGGAGCUGGAUUCAUUGGCUCUCACUUAGUCGAUAAAUUGAUGGAAAAUGAAAAAAAUGAGGUGAUUGUUGCUGAUAACUACUUCACUGGAUCAAAGGACAAUCUUAGAAAAUGGAUUGGUCAUCCAAGAUUCGAGCUUAUUCGUCACGAUGUUACUGAGCCAUUGUUGGUCGAGGUUGAUCAGAUUUACCAUCUUGCAUGCCCGGCUUCUCCAAUUUUCUACAAAUACAAUCCUGUCAAGGUGUGUAUUAUAUAUGCUUAA